UCUAGUGUCAUUAUUCUAAGAUGUUUACUUUUAUUUGAUAAGUUUAUACAUACAUGAAUUUAUUUUCAUAAUCAUUAAUUAAGUAUGCAAAAUAAUGUAGGAGUUCUAUGUAAAUUAGCAGUUCAUAAUAAAAAUAUCAUCAUGGCUGUCAGACAAUCCAGCGACAUGGCAAAAUUCAAACAAUGUUUAAAAGAAGCCAAACAUAUAGUUGUCUUAUCAGGAGCCGGUAUCAGUGCAGAAUCAGGAAUCCCAACCUUUAGAGGUGCUGGUGGAUACUGGAGGAAGUAUGAGGCAUCUUCCCUGGCCACUCCAGGGGCUUUUAAAAACAGUCCAAGUCUGGUGUGGGAGUUUUAUCAUUAUAGGAGAGAAGUGGCUGCAAAAGCACAACCUAAUGCGGGUCAUAUUGCAAUUGCAAACUAUGAAUUAAGGAACUGUAAAGAUAAAACUGUAACAGUUAUAACACAGAAUGUUGAUGGCCUUCAUGCUAGAGCUGGCACACAAAACCUCAUAGAACUGCAUGGGAAUCUGUACAAGACUCGCUGUACUAAGUGCAAGGAAGUUCUAAUAAAUAAUGAUAGCCCAAUCUGUGAGGCAUUAGCUAACCGUGGAGCACCUGAUUCCAAAAUUGUUGGUUCAGAUAUACCUGUGAAAAGUUUACCUCACUGUAAGAAGUGUGAUGGCUUGUUAAGACCACAUAUCGUUUGGUUUGGUGAAAGUCUGGAGCCUACGGUGUUACAGAAAGCUGGUGAGGUGAUGGAGGAUUGUGAUGUAUGUUUGGUUGUGGGCACGUCAUCUGUGGUAUACCCCGCCGCUAUGUUCGCGCCCCAGGCUGCCGCCAGAGGCGCUGUCGUAGCAGAGUUUAAUAUAGAACCAACACCAGCCACUACUAGUUUCCAUUACUAUUUCCAAGGACCUUGUGGGUCCACAUUACCAGAAGCUUUGAGUGAUUAAAUGGAAAUGUACAAAAGGAACAUUUAAAAUUGGAUUUUUAUAUAUUUAAAUUAUGGGCCUUGUUUCAUAGAUGUUAACAAAAUGUUUUCUUGAGUUAGCUAAGUAUUCAAAAUGGUUUUUGUCAACUAAUUAAAUUAAAUAAAAAUGUUAAAACUCUUUACAGAAUUAAUUUAAAUAUAUUAUAUAACUUAUAAUACUAUGUAGAUAUGUACAAGAAUUAAAUGUUUCAAGAUGUU